CCACAGCUAUGGCUUUAAUUGUGGUCAAAGAGAAGCUCAACCAGCAUUGGGUAAUGUCUCAAAGAAGAGUCAGAAGUGAGGGGGGUCGAAACUGUGGUUGGAACUAUUUUUUUGCACUAAAGGAAACGUCUAUUUAUUGGCAGGGUGUGCAGGCAGAUAUAAACUGAGUAUGGCGGGUCAGCAGAGCCCAGCCAAGUACUUGUUGCUCCAGGUGUGGUGUGGCCUCCUCACCGUUGGCAUGAUUGUUCUGGCUGCAAUUUUCACAUCAAUGAAAAUAAACUCAACUGACAAGAAUAAUUUGUCAACACCAGACCCAGAGAAAAUAGCCCCAAACGCUGUUUUUGCUGCCUUGAACUCAUCAAAAGGUCCUCAACAUUCUUACAUCCAGCUCACCAUGGCCAAUCGUCAAGACACUUGGACCUAUGACACAUACCACAACAUGCCUCUCUGUGAGUCUUGCUCCCUGACCCUUGACAACAACUGUGUUCUUGCUUCAUCUGAUGGACUUUACUACUUCUAUGCCCAUGUCACCUUUCACAACCUACCUGAAGGCAAUGAGAAGGGAACUGUGAGUCUCUACAGGUAUGCCACUUCGAGUGAGAGAAGAAAACUGAGUGAAGCAGUGUUUCGCGGAAAACAAGGGACUGUGUCAAUAGCCAAGAUAGUACAACUCAAAAAGGAAAAUUGUGUAAGAUUAGAAAUAACGCCUAACAAUACCUUCAUUUCUCAUGAAGUAGUAAAAACAUUUUGGGGGGCUUAUCAGCUCCCCAAACUCUGAAGCAUAAGGCAGAAGUCAUACGGAAUGUUUUUGUCUAGGGCUUCUUUAUUGUUUUUGCUUAAUUAAUAAACAGUGCUUAAGGUUUUUCAGGUAAUUGACAUCAUAAUGUAAAUGAAACCUCUGAAAACUGUGCUUGGCUUUCAGAAGUAUACAUUAACAUUACAUUUACAUUCAUUUGACCCAUUAUGUCCCAUUGAUUGUAUAAUUUAUGAAUAAAGGAAUUGUUAACCUAUGAUUUCAAGAGUUCAGAAAUUGAAGAUGUAGUCAUGUUGAUAUACCGAUAAUGAAUGUCAGUUUAAAUUGAUCCGUCUACUACUUAUCACAUGAUGGUGCUACCUUCAUUAAGAAAACUAAAACUUAUCUCAUUCUCUGUCUGCUAUUAAUACAUACUUAUUCAUGUUUCAACAAAUUCAAAUUAAUUUAAUAGAUUCAUGUCAGGGUCUACACAAUGUUUUUCUAUGUAUUUAUCCUUAAAU